AUGACCCAAGGAGGCUUCUCGCCUGAUCAAUCCCGCCGCCCCCAGGACCCACCGCCGGACGACCCGGCGAGUCCGGACGAACUCCAUGUCCGCCGCUUCACCGGCGGUCUCGUCCCCGACGUCCAGCAGGCAAGCAAACCGGUCCCGACAGGGGACGAGCAUAAAUAUCAGCCGCCAUCCUCUGCCAUACAGCUCAUCACCAUCGACACGCGUGCUCCUCUCGCAGACAUUUCAUCCAGGUGCAUCCUCUUUGCCUCGGAAUCCGACUCCAUCACCAUCCUCGGCCCCGUCCCUCCCUUCCCUCCUCCUCCCUCGUCAUCGACCUGCCGGUCCGGCCACCACCCGCAAGCUCGCGUCUGUCCCUGCGCCGCCUGCUACAACACCAGCGGCGGCGCCCCUCCGCAGGAGACGAGGCGACAAGACCUUUCGGCGAGAGGCGACCGCUACGAUGAUUCGGACGCCCUGUCCAUCGGCAGCAGCGCAAGCGCGGGCGUCAAGACGACAUUCAUCGAGACCGUCACCGUCAAGUAG